AUGGAAACAUACAAAGUUGUUCCAAAGAGUAGAUACUGCCGUCAUUACGCCGAGGUUGUUAAAGAAGAAGUGGCUAUUGAAGAAGACAACAAUGAUGCCGAUGAAGAAUCUUCGUGGUUCGGUUUUGGUAAGAAAAAGACUGCUCCUCAAAAACCAUUGGAGAAGAAGAAAAACCCCGGAGGAGAAUUCAACGGUUUGUGGGUUUACUUAUUCCCAAGCAAUGGUGUCAACUGUUACUCCCCUGCUUGGUACUCUAUCAGAGUGUUGCCUCAGAGUGCUAACCACACAAUCUUGCAAUAUGACAUAUACACGAAGAAGGGGUUAGAAGAUGCUGCGAAGAAAGAAUUUGUGGAUUUCUUGCAAUUGGUCGAACUCGAGGACUUCAACUUAUGCCAAUUGACCCAGAAGAACCUUAUGGAAGGAAUCUACUCUUCUGGUUAUUUGCACCCAACCAAGGAAAGAGGGGUGUUGUACUACCAAGGCGUAGUCAGAGAUAUGGUAAAGAAACACUUUGCUCUUGAAGCUGCUGCUGGAAAGCCUAUCAACCCAGCGUUCGUGGGACGUAAUCAAAAGAACGAGGAGAUUGAGGAGUUGGAAGCAAUCUGUAAUUCUCUUGAAUGUAGUUCUGGUAACUCCAGCAAGGAAUUUGAAUGGUAG